GUCUUAUUAGACAUCGCGUUGACGUCCGAUCAAAAACUAUAAUAGAAUUAGAAAAGACAGGUCUAACUCUAAGAAGUAAAUGAUGUUUUAUCAGAUUCUGGUGCAAUCAUCAAGAGGCAGCGAUCUUCUAACGAAAGAAUAUCAGGAACAUGGGAUUCCAAAGUUUGGAGAAGUUUUCAGGUCUUUCCUUAAUAAGAACCUCGAAGAAAAAGAUCUACUUCCAGUUAUGGAAGUAAGUGGCAAGUACAUCAUUCACAUAAAGUGCAAUGGUAUAUAUUUUAUAUGUUCUGCAUCACAAGAUGAACCACCUUUUGCAGCUUUGGAAUUAUUAGAAAGAUUGAGCGGGUUAGUGAAAGACUUUUGUGGUAUUGUAUCAGAAGAAGCCAUUGUUCAGAACUCUGCUCUGGUAUAUGAAUUAUUAGAUGAAAUUAUGGAUUGUGGUAUAGUACUCACUACUUCAACCCGUAGUUUGAAGCCUUAUAUUCAGACUGAUCCCAUACCAGUGAAAGCUGAUAGGCAGAUUGAAGGAAUCCUUGGUAUCGCACCUGGAUUGUUUGGUUCUGAUUUUCAAAUUGCUCCAAGUAAUUCUCCUGAUAAGCCAUUAUCUCUUAGUCAACAUUCUCAGGCACUUGGCAGUCAGAAAAAUGAAGUUUACUUGGACAUCAUUGAAAGGAUGACUGUGCUUGUAGCAGUCAAUGGUACUGUUAUCCAGAGUGAGUUGAAUGGUACAGUACAUCUGAGAAGCUUUCUUAUUGGAAACCCUGAACUUGUGAUUGGUUUAAGUGAAGACCUUAUGAUAGGUAGAGGUAGUCCAAUCAGUACUGGACCAGGAGUUAGAUUAGACCAUGUUCAGUUCCAUCCUGCUAUUAGUCUAGCUGAGUUUGAGCAGCAGAGGGUCUUAAGAACUCAAAGCCAAGAAGGAGAGACAACAUUAAUGAAAUAUGGUAUUUCUAAUCAUCUUUCCAAUAAACUUCCAUUCCAAGUAGAGGCAUCAGUGGCAGAGAUUACUGAAAAACAGAUUGUGGAAGUAGAACUUCAUGUAAUGUGUCAUGUUGAUCAGAGACACCAUGCUGUCAAUGUCAAACUCAACUUACCACUACCCAAAGCUACUACAGAUGUAUCCCCAAGCCUACCAUCACAAAGUCAAACCAUGGAGUAUAAACGAGGAGACAGAUCAGCAGUGUGGUGUAUUAAGAAGAUGAUAGGUGGUAAUAAACAUACAGCUAGACUAAGGAUUCAUUUGGACCAUCUUAGUAACAGUACCCUUGUAGAAAUCGGCCCAGCUAGUCUAGAAUUUGAACUCAAAGACUUCACUUCCUCCAAGCUUCAGAUUCGUUUCCUCAAAGUGUUUGACAGGCACAACUCCUAUGUACCAUUCCGUUGGGUUCGUUAUGCAACCCUCAGUGAUUCCUAUGUCAUCAGACUCAGAUAACAUCAAUACACUAGACACACUGUGAGGAGAUUCCUGUGUGUCAUUCUUUGCAGCAAGAGAUAUGUCAGGUUGUGCUCUGGAAUACCUUGCAUGCUGUAAGCGAGCUCUUUGUGGUGAGAAGUUUACAGUAUUCCUCCAUACAUCCUGUCUUGAAUUUUCAUGGGGAAUGGAUUACAAUUGGCCAACACAAGACUAUAUUAAAAAAAAAAAAACAGUAGAAAUAACUGAAUUAUAGAUAAACGAUUUGGGCUAAGUUGUUUGUACUGUCCCAUCUUUGAUAUUUCUGGGAUUUUCAGAGAAGGGAAAGUAAGAUAAUGACUUUGUGAGGCAAUUGGUCGAAUAUAUGAUGACUAUUUGUCUUGAUGAUGGAAAGCAUGUGUUACUGGGUAAAUACUCCAGUAGUGUUCCACUCCCCAUGAAACAUGACAUUAUAUCUUUUAUAAAGAACAUUUCAUUCCCCAAAGCAUGCUCACUUUAACAUCUCUAACAAAAUUUUCAAAUUCUUCAGCCGUGGUGAAGUCAAGGCUGGAGUUCAUGUUUGAUAAAACUUAUUUCAGACAUUAAAUGGUCCUUAACCCUAAACAGCCCCUCGACAUUUUCCACGACCAUUCUGCUGCGCGAAUUUUUUUGGCUCAUUGACUUUUUACUUUGAAAUCUUGCGGGUAUGCGGUUGAAAAAUUAUGCCACAUUAUGUAAGUGCAUGUCAGACCAAAAAUUGCACCUAACCAUGAUUUUGUGUACAAAGUCAAUGCAAAUUGAGUUUUCUCAUGUUCGUCAUAAAGAUAUGAUUAUUUUUACUUUCAUCAGCUGAAAUAAAUUGAUUUUAGCGUAAUUAUGCUUCAAAAAGGUUCUGCAAUAAAUUUGGCAAAAAAACAAAAACAGAAGGUAAAAAGCAGAGAAAUGCCUAAGAUAUUCAUAAAACCAUAAUACACAUAAAUCAGUUUCAAACCAGCACUUUUUAUCAUUAGUAAUUGUUAGCAAUGGUAAAAAGAAUAUUAACACCAGAUAUAAGCAUUCUAGGAUUUUUUUUAGUGAAUUAUGAAUUAUGCAAAAAUUUAUUCAUAUAAAAAAUGUAAUUACCUAGGAAAAAUUAACCAUACAGUCUUGUAGAUUACAUUCCACACUAUUAUCAUUCCAAUUUUCUCAGCGUUUGUGCGAUUGGCAGCCUAGAUGUCAAGGGGGCAUUGAUUCAACCCCCCCCCGGUCAGCUAACAUCCAAAAAAGCCAAGUCUGGUUAGGGUUGAAGCCAGCCUCUCUUGACUCCAUCAUUGCUUGUUGACCAACCAUAUUGUCAUUUUUGCAUGUUAGCUUUGAUUUGUUAAACUAAUACAUGUAUUAACAUUUCAAUAUAAUGAUCACUUUGUAAUGAACAGAUUUAUAUUUUUCUUGAUUAUAAUUUUUUUCAAAUAUUAUAGUAUGGUAGGUUGUGCUGUAAUGUAAUAGGAGUAAAUUUGUAAUAUUUCAUCAAAUUGAUUUUGUUGCAAUUGCGAGCAUUGUUAAAGCAAGCAAUAUUUACAAAUUUUGUGUUUAAUAUGGAUUUGUAGCACUGAUGAAGGAUAUAUUUUCAUGACUCCCGUUUCAUAGAAAAUUCAAAGAAAGUUUUAAAAUUGAUCUGGUUAUCUGUUAUCAUGAAGGAAAAGAUGAUACAAUAAUUAAUGUAUACCCUUCAAACAAUUUAUCUCAUGCUUCAAUGCCGGGACUUGCCAUCUCUGACAACUUAUUUAUUACUUUUAGCAGUUAACGUAACAAUAAAAAGUUAAAACUACCCUCAACUUUUACAACCCAUCUACCUGUAUCCUUGCCGUCUUUCUCAGUUUACAGAACUUGUUCUGUUUACAGUAUUUAACCAGUCUAAGGCUGCGUUUAUGCGACCUCAAGCCAGAAUCGUGAUUCGAAUCAUGAUUUGAAUCAUGAUUCAAAACACAAACAUGAAUCACAAUACCACAGAAUCAGCGUUCAGACGACCUUGAUUUUAAAGCUGUUUUUCCUCGGAUUCGGACCGAUCCAGUGCGCAUCACAGUGCGCAGUUUGACAGAGGAAGUUAGGUUAACUUUUUUCGCACGUGUUUUGGCUCCCGAAAAAUCAAUCCUGUACCUUCCGAAUUCAGUCUAUAAUACCGCAAUUUGUUUACCUAUUAUUCUUCUUGUCGGUUUAUCGAAAAUUGUGUUCGGAUGUAAAUUUUAGCGUAGAUCCAAUUUCAUAUUGACACUUGUUAACUCAACAACAAUUGAUAUCAUUGUCUGUUCAGUUAGUUCAUUUACUAGUUCACUUGAAGUUGAAGACAUGACCAAAAAAAAGAUGAAAAGAAGUGGACGAUGCGAUGCCCAACACAGAAAGCAUGCAUAUCGUAUUAUGUAUAAAUGCACGGAGCAUAUAGCGCGUCUUGAGCUUGGCAAGAGUCAAACCUAAAGUAGCCCGACACAAUGACGUCAUAGAAUCAUGAUUGUAAUCACGAUAUCGUUUAUUCGAACAUUUUCGUACGUGAUUCUGCAGAAACGUCUUUCCAAACGCCCCUUUUUUCGUGUUUCAUGAUUGUGAUUCUAAUCAUGAUUAUAUUCAAUUUCGACUAAACGCAAUCGUGAUUCUGCAGAAUCAUGAUUUGAAUCAUGAUUCAGAUCAUGAUUCUAGGGUAAAAAAGUGGCGGAUAAACGCACCCUAAAUCUCAGUGAAAUUAAAGGGUAGAUGGCAUCAAUAGACUUGUAUAAUACUUAAUAGUUUUUAUGUAAUGACAGAUUUUUAGGUUAUAGAUUAACCUUUACUUUCAGAGGUGUUGUGCAGACAAAAACAGUCCUCUCUUAUCAAACCACGAACCGGGAGUGGGUAAAGAGCAAAACAUACAAAAAAGAAAAGACGUGAUACUGCACCUGUGUGUUGGUGGGGUUAACAGCCUCAUUGGCCUUUGGUAUCCUGGACCUUCAUUAAGCUUAUCAUGAAUUAUAUGUCUUGCUACUAGUAAAUAAUUUCCAGUGAGCACAAUUUUUAUUAAGAGAAUUCUUUCCACAUAGUGCAAUUAUAUUUGAUGCUAAUAAAAUAAUCUAUAGUUGACCUCUUUCGUCAAGUCCAUUAACUGUUUUUCAGUUCUUUUUAUAAGUAAAUAAGAAAUUUGCAUCUCAUGUAUGUGUUAGAGAGUACUUGGUACCCACUUGUCCUACUUUCCUUUUUGUCUCAUCCCACAUGGUUCUAAUCCUAGUUCAUCUAAACCAAUUUGUCUACUAACCAUUUGGUCUAAUUGCUUUUUAGCCCAUUUAUCAUUUGGUCUGAUUUCCAGAUAGGCUAUACCCAUUUCAUCUUAUAAUCACUUGAUCUAACACCACUUAGUCUAUAUGAUUAGAUGAACUGUUUAUGAACCAAAUUUUCAUUUGAUAUGUGAAAAAUAAUAAGUAAAUGAAGUGGAAAUUAGACCAUCUGUGCAUUGCUCAAAUGACAGUAGGAUCAAGUGGUAAAAAGACAAAGCGACAAUUAGACAAAAUGAUAGUAGACCAAAUGAGUUAACUUAAGCCAUGAUAAUCUGAGAAUUAGACCAUCUUGUUGUAGACCAAGUGGAUACAUACAUGUUAGACUUAAUGGCCCAAAUUCACAAAGGUAUUUUUUUAAAGUGUUGGUUGAACCCAUGGUUUAUGCAGAUUUCCUACAUAAAUUGCGUUUAAUGUAGAAAGAUGUCCAAUUCUGAUGCACCCUUUUGUCACAUUGCACUAAAUUGACGCCUGUUUUCGUGGUUAUCCAUACUAUUUUGUUAAUGAGUCCACUGAUUUUGAAAUAAUGAUUCCAUUCAAACAGUGGAUUAAUGAAUAAAAUAGCGCGCUUAACCAUGGCAACAGGCGUCAAUUUCGUGCACUGUGACUAAAGCAUAAUUUAACAGGAAAUCUGCUUAAACCUUGGGUUCAACCAAUGGUUUUCAAAACCAUUGGUUGAACCCAAGGUUUAAGCAGAUUUCCUGGCCAGUCAGAAUUCAGGCCAUUCUGACUGUGACGUUGCCUUUCCACACUUCCUCAAUGACAUACAUCCACAACACACAUCCACACUGACUGCAAUAAACCAAGAUAGUGUAAUAAAUGAGCAAAUCGGUAAUUCCAGAGGUAGGAAAUAAAGCCGUUUUAUUGCACAAGUGCAAACUAAAUCUCCUAGGGCAGAUAAUAGAAAAUUAGUCUGAGUUGAUUAUGUACAUUAUGUCAAGAAUCCUGUAAAUGUGCAGAUACCAUAUGGGUGCAUCACAUUCAUUUCUUAGAGUCCGUACUUUUGUAUUUUCUUGUAAAUCUACAAAAGACACACUGGAUGUACACUCCAUCCUUUGCAUGUCUUUAUAAAAGAAAAGAUAAAAUAAAAAGAAAGAAUAAAAUGACCUGAUUUUUUGAAAACCA